GCGGAGGGUCCGCUGGUCCUGCGGCUCCGGCAACCGGCAGAGCGCCCCCCCCGCUGCGUGCUGCCUGCUUUUGGGGCGGCGAAAUGGCUAGAGCCGCCCCUGCUCUCACUCGUCCACAGACGCUAAGAGCCAACAUUGGACUUGCUCCUUUGUUGGCACCCCCCGAGCCACAUGGCCGCCUGUGGGUGCUCCAGGCACUCAGAGCUCAGCAUCCCGCUGGAUCGGGCUUCUCCCUGUGGCUGUCUUUCGGUGGCAGGGGACUAUGUUAUUGUAGGGUCGCCCAAACCGCCUUCCUGCUGGGGCCAGUCCAGGAGAGCGGGGGAUGUGGGGGAGCCCCAGAACAGAGCCUGCGGGGCGGAGGAGCUGGAAGGGCCCCAGAGGCAUUUCUGCUUUCACUUUCACUCUCCAAGGCGCAGCUAAUGCAGGCAGCGGCGGCGCGGUUCCUCCAUCUGGCUGGGCCCGGCAGCAGAUUAUCAUAUGUGGAAAUCAACAUAAGUAAGGCAAGAAUGGCAGCCUUAUUCUCUACUCUGCCAUUUGCAGAUAAAUCCUCUCUCAUGAUGAUGAUGAUGACCAUAAGUAUUUUAAAUGUUGCAGUUUCUGUGAAUAAUGACCACAGUAGCAAGAACAGGGAGACAGCUGAUGUAGUGUCUGGCAAUGGAAGCAAACCGUUUCCUUGGGAUAAAAUGAGGCUUCCCAAGCAUGUCAUCCCAGUGCAUUAUGAUCUUCUUCUCCAUCCUAAUCUUACAACUCUAACUUUUACUGGAUUUGCCAGAAUAGAGAUUACAGUAAACCAACAAACUAGUUCAGUCAUCCUGCACAGCAAACACCUGCAAAUUACCAGGGCUGCCAUCCAAAGGAGAAUGGGAAAUAGUCACACUGAAGAAGAAGUGAUGGUUUUGGAAUACCCACCAUUUGAGCAGAUUGCCCUCCUGGCAGCUUUUCCAUUGCAUGUUGGACAAAACUACACUGUUAGCAUUGAAUAUUCUGCAAAUCUGUCAGAGAGUUUCCACGGCUUUUAUAAAAGCACCUAUAGAACCCAGGAAGGAGAAGUGAGGGUACUUGCAUCAACACAGUUUGAGCCAACAGCUGCUCGCAUGGCUUUCCCAUGUUUUGAUGAACCAUCCUUCAAAGCCAGAUUUUCUAUUAAGAUUAGGAGAGAACCAAAGCACCUCGCACUAUCUAAUAUGCCAAUAGUGAAAUCUGUGAGUGUUGCUAAUUGGCUAGUUGAAGACCAUUUUGAUGUUAGUGUAAAGAUGAGCACUUAUCUAGUGGCCUUUAUUGUUUCGGAUUUUAAAUCAGUCAGCAAGAUGACCACCAGUGGAGUUAAGAUAUCUGUAUAUACUGUACCAGAUAAGAUCAACCAAGCUGAUUAUGCCUUGGAUGCAGCAGUGAAACUUUUAGACUUCUAUGAGAAUUACUUCAGCAUUCCAUAUCCCUUACCCAAACAAGAUCUUGCUGCUAUUCCUGAUUUUCAGUCUGGAGCUAUGGAAAACUGGGGACUGACCACAUACAGGGAAUCUUCUCUGCUAUAUGACCCUGAAAAAUCCUCGGCAUCAGCUAAACUUUGGAUUACUAUGAUAAUAGCCCAUGAGCUGGCUCAUCAGUGGUUUGGAAACCUAGUUACCAUGGAAUGGUGGAAUGAUCUUUGGCUAAAUGAAGGAUUUGCAAAGUUUAUGGAGUAUGUGUCAGUCAGUAUUACUCAUCCAGAUCUGAAAGUUGAAGAUUAUUUUUUAGGCAAGUGUUUUGAUGCCAUGGAGGUGGAUGCAUUAAAUUCCUCACAUCCUGUGUCUACUCCUGUGGAAGAUCCAGCUCAAAUUCAAGAAAUGUUCGAUGAUGUUUCCUAUGAAAAGGGAGCUUGUAUUCUAAAUAUGUUAAGGGAUUACUUGAAUGCAGAUGUGUUUAAAGCUGGUCUUGUACAAUAUCUGCGGAAGUACAGCUAUCAGAAUACAAAAAACGAAGAUCUAUGGAACAGUCUGGCACAUACUUGUCCUGCGGGUGACACCCAGGAAAGCCAACUGCAAGGUGAUGGCUUUUGCACCAGAAACCAACAGACAUCUUCAAGUGCACACUGGACCAGGAGAGAGAUUCUUGAUGUGACAACAAUGAUGAACACUUGGACAUUACAAAAGGGUUUUCCACUAGUAACUGUCACAGUAAAAGGAAAGACUGUCCAUCUGCAUCAAGAGCACUAUAUGAAGGGAUCAGAUUCUUCUCCAUCAACCGGGUACUUGUGGCAUGUUCCAUUAACGUACAUUACUAGUAAAUCUGACACAGUGCAAAGAUUUUUGCUGACAACUAAAACAGAUGUCCUCAUCCUCCCAGAAGAGGUAGAAUGGAUAAAAUUCAAUCUGGGAAUGAAUGGUUAUUACAUUGUGCACUAUGAAGAUGAUGGAUGGGAUGCUCUGAUUAGCCUUUUAAAAGAAAACCAUACAGCAAUUAGCAGCAAUGAUAGAGCAAGUCUCAUUAACAAUGUAUUUCAGCUUGUGAGUAUUGGAAAACUAUCAAUUUCUAAAGCUCUUGAUUUAUCUUUGUAUUUGAAACAUGAAUCCCAAAUUAUGCCUGUAUUCCAAGGUAUGAAUGAGCUGAUUCCUAUGUACAAGCUCAUGGAGAAAAGGGACAUGGAUGAUGUAGAAAAUCAGUUAAAGGGGUACAUAGUCAAUCUGUUUAAAGACCUAAUUGACAAACAGUCCUGGAAUGAUGAGGGCUCAGUGUCCGAGAGAAUGCUUCGCAGUUCCCUACUCCUGUUUGCGUGUGCGCGCAAAUACCAACCGUGUGUGGACAAAGCAGAAGAAUAUUUUAUGAAAUGGAAGGAAUCCAAUGGAACUUUACGUUUGCCCAAUGAUGUUAAAACUGCAGUAUAUGCUGUUGGAGCCCAGACAAUCGAAGGUUGGGACUUCCUUUUUAGUAAAUACAGGCUGCCUUGGUUCAACACUGAGAGAAAUCAGAUUGAAGUUGCUCUCAGUAUUAGCAGAAAUAAGGACAAACUUCAGUGGAUGAUGGAUCAAAGUUUGCUUGGUGAUGUAGUAAAAACCCAGGAUCUUCCAUAUAUCAUCGUGUUUGUUGCUAAAAACCCAUCUGGCUAUCAUCUAGCAUGGAAAUUUUUGAAGGAAAACUGGAAUAAACUUGUACAAAAGUUUGAACUUGGCUCAGCUUCUAUAGCCCACAUGGUAAUCGGAGUGACAAAUCAAUAUUCUACGAGGGAACAGCUUGCAGAGGUGAAAGAAUUCUUCAAUUCUCUGGAUGAAAAAAGUUCACAGCUCCGCUGUGUCCAACAAGCUGUAGAAAUCAUUGAAGAAAAUAUACGAUGGAUGGACAUAAACUUUGAAAAAAUCAAAAUAUGGUUAAAAAAUAACAUGUGAAGGAUUUAUUGCAUCUGGCUUUGAAUAUUUGAAUUUAAAUUACAAAACAGUGAACAUUUUAAAAAAUCUAAAGCUUUUUUGUUGUUUUGGGGUGAGGAGAUUUACUUAGAGUUGCUGAUAUGGGCCCCAUUCUGUUCCUUUGUAUGAGAUUGACUGUUGAUUUCAAUAGGAGCAAGAUAUGGCUCUAUAUGCACACCUUCUAUCCAAUAAUAAACCAUCAUCCACAAUUGUUGAGCAAUAAAAAUUGCUCAUCGUGGCCUGUGUAAACUGGGGAUUUUGAAUUCUAAAAUUGGAAUACUUGAAUUCUAAAAAAUGGAUUUACUACUCUAUUUUGAGGAAAAGCUAAUUUGUGAAAUUACAGAAAAUGGAUGAGUACACAACUGAACUAUAAAUGGAACACUCCACAUAUGAGAUGACAUAGAAGUUUAUAUCCCCUUGCCAAACACUAGGUACAGCUAGCAAUUUCUGCUCAGGGUAGCCCAGCAAUGGAAUGUUUAUAGGUAUGCUAGUUUAACAUGGAGAUGUAUUGAAAUUAUGAAGGUGAGAUGAUUUCUUAGCACUUGCUUUUUAUCUGUAUUUUGUGAAUCUGCAGUCAGUCCUUCAAAAUAAUUUAUGUAAUAAUAAUAAUUCCAUGAGGAAUUUAAUCCUUUCCUGUAUCAAGAUGUACAGCCAAAUAGGGCAUAAUAAAAAAUGCUCUCAUGAAGCAAUAGCCAUAUAAUUAUAAAAAGAGGAGGUAUGGGAAAAAUAAGUUUGCAAUUAUAAUUAGGUUGCAAUUAAAGUUAGGAUAAAUACAUUUCAAAAGUAGAAGUGAUAAGAAGUGCAGUUGAAUAACUAACUUAUUUUUCCUAUACCUCCUCUUUUUAUAAUUAUAUGGCUAUUGCUUCAUGAGAGCAUUUUUUAUUAUGCCCUAUUUGGCUGUGGAAAGUGAAUUACUCGCUUACCUUUAUAUUAAGUGUUAUACUCCUUUUUAAUAUAGAAUUAUAUUAGAGUAAUACUAGAAUGUGAUCUGAAUCUGAAAGUUCAACAGGAUCAAGAUAUUUAAUAUUUUAGAUCAGUAUAAUUAGUAACUUUUUGAUAGGGUCAGAGUGAUUUCAGUAUUUGCUGUUAAUUAGCUCUUCCAACUAAUGAAAGUGCACUUUUAAAAAAUAAAUGUCCUUUUCAGAAGAUUAACCUAUUUAAAAGUGAUUACUAAAUAUUACUCAUUUUUAUUAUAAUUGGGCCUUUUCUCCUAUUACAAACCUAAGACAAAGAAGAAAGAUGGUCAUCUUACAGUAAAAUGGGAAAUGGAGAAACUGAGUGUACACAAAAUAUUGUCAAAUGCAUAAUCUUAAAGUGAAAACAGAUUGGUUUUUCCUCAGAUCUGUCAGUUGUAAUAAGGUAGAAUGGGAAAUAUCAGAAACUUCAGACAGAAGUGUGAUUUCUAGGUUGCUAGCAAUCCUUGGUCAGGGCUUUCGAAUCCUAUCUGUAAAACUUCCCUACCUCACUAAAGUGGUAAUGCUUAUUUAAUUAAUGUUUGUAAAGGGCUUUGUGCUCUUCAGAUGGAAGUGAAACUGUUAGUGGAACACUAAAGGAAUGGCUGCUUUCUUGUUGAUUAUGAUGUCCUUCAGUAACUGUCAGGAAAUGCCCUCACCACUGGUCACUGUUACUAAAUUCAUACUAAAGGGAAUUCUGAAUGUGCACCAGAGUAGAACAGACACCCACAAAAUUAUUGCGGUAAAUAUUUAUAAAAUUGAUUUUAUAACCAUGCCAAGAAAUGUGUUUGACAAGCUGUUUGAAACACAAAUCUGCAUAUGUCAACUGAAUUUUGCAUCUCUUGCAGUUUUGCAUUUGUAAACAUUUUAAACUGAUGUUCUCUCUCUCUCCAUGACAUGGAGAGAUGUAGUUUGAAAUUCUGAACUAAAAAUAAAUAGAAAAAGAUUGUUUUUGUUAUUCUCAGAGUAAUUGACCCCAAAAAGAAAAUUAACAGGGAUGCAAAGACUCUGACACCUUAGGGCAUAUUAACCAUCACUCAUUUAAGAAGUGUUAGUUCUGACUGUUGCAUGUGACCAACAUAAAUUUAAUCAAUUUUAUCUUUGAACAUUAGAAUGUACAAUGCAGUCAAGAUCCUCCAACACUCUGAGAAAUGGUACACAUGGCUAAAAGUCUGUGUAGAUUAGCUGCUGUGUACUAUUUAUUCUCUAGAACUAGCAUGACCUAUGUAACAGAUUCUGAAUUUUACUUUACAGGCUAAUUAAACAGCGCUUUAGGAUCGCAUGCAGCUUCUGGGAAACAAACAAAAGCAGUUGUGAAAAAUCCAUCUCAAAACAGUAUUUUACUAAAUACUCAGGUUCUUAGUAUUCAGAAAAAUUGAGUGAAUCUUCAGUUUUCUAAAUUUGUCAGAAUGAUUGUUAAUCGUUUGAAAAAAAGUUAAGCACCAAAUUUUCAAAGCCUUAACUGAAUCCCAGUUUUUGUCAGUGCAGUUUUGCAUCUGCAGUUAUUUGUACUCACAAUCUAGGUCCUUCUCGGCUGGAUCCUGCAAGUUGAUUUCAACAGCUGCACCUCAGCACUUGCCUGAAACCCCUUGACUUAAGUGGGGCGGAGGGUGGGCCCUGGGAUGAGUCCAAGUGGAUCCAUUUCCAUCUAGUCCUUAAUUUUUAAGUGAUUUAAACUGUAGUCCCAAAAAUAGUGCUCAGUGACUUAAUUUGUUCCAGUAUGGCCAUGUUUUGUAGUCAGCUUAAAGAAAAACAGAAAAAAACUUAGCUAGAUCUUUGGAUUGGUUUUAUACUCAGAGUAUUAAUAAAUUUGUUGUUUUUUUGACUACCUGA